AUGAAGUUCUCGCUCAUUCUCAUCGCCGCAAUCGCCGGCUUGACAGCAGCCACCCCUGUCGCCAAGGGUGCCGAGCCCCCCAGCAUCUACCGACGUGAGGAAGACACUCAACGAGGCGGCAUCCCAUGGAAACGCGAGGAAGAAACCCAACGUGGAGGCAUUCCCUGGAAGCGUGAGGAGGAAACCCAACGGGGUGGUAUUCCCUGGAAACGCGAGGAGGAGACCCAACGUGGCGGCAUUCCCUGGAAGCGGGAGGACGAAACCCAACGGGGUGGUAUUCCCUGGAAGCGGGAGGAAGAAACUCAACGUGGCGGCAUUCCCUGGAAGCGGGAGGAAGAAACUCAACGUGGCGGCAUUCCCUGGAAGCGCGAGGAGGAGACUCAACGUGGUGGCAUUCCAUGGAAGCGCGAGGAGGAAACCCAACGGGGUGGUAUUCCCUGGAAGCGUUCUCGAGGAGCUUAUUAG